UUCCUAUAAAGACGCAUUGUCACCACGACAUAAUAGCAACUCAGGAAAGGCAGUUGAAACCGCAGUAAUGUGUUGGUUGAUCGUUUUAUUGGUGGGACUAUUGACAUUCGUCAGUGGCCAUCCUCCACCCGACCGUGAUACCGGAUGUGACGUUGCAGUUCUCCGCCUGGAAAAGAUGCUGACUGACCUUUCAAGUCGCGUAAAUGACCUUGAGAAACAAAGAGAAUUGGACGUCAUGGAGAUUGAAAAUGUUCGACAAGAUAUGGAGAAGGUAAAAACCGAGAAUCGUCAACUUAAAACUGAACUUGAUCACAUGGUUACAACGAAGAGUGAUAAACAGCCCCCAAACCCUGACAGGAGAAUAGACAUACAGAAACACAACUCUGGCUCCAACAACUCAGAGUCACCAACCUUUGACUCGACAAUGGACACCGUACCAAGUAUCAAUGAUACGAAUAUAGACUCGCAGCCAUCAACAUUUGAAACAAAAAUAGGGGAGAACAAAAUCGUUAAGGAGGGAACUGUGUAUAUUGACGCCACCACUAAGAGCAAACAAUAUGGCCGAAUCAAAAGAGAUGAACUACAGCGCCCUAAAAGUCUAUCCCGCAAUCUGACAAGCCGUGUCGUGCCAAGUGAAACUGUGGCCUUCUUUUCAACUUUAAGCCAUGAGCUGACCGACGUCGCUAAGGAACAGAAUAUUCAAUUUGAAAAUGUCGUCACCAAUAAUGGCGGUCACUACAACCAACAAACCGGUGUUUUUACAUGUAGUACAGGGGGAACCUAUGUUUUUUCUUGGACUUUAUAUGUAUAUUACACCCAUUGGAUUAAUAGCGAACUAGUCAAGAAUGGUAUUGCUUUCGCAUACACCAGUGCAGGUAACAAAAACUAUCAUGAAGCAUCGAGCAGCACCGCUGUGGUCAACUUGAGGCCUGGUGACAUGGUGUGGACAAGAAUACAAGAUAGGGCUCCGGGCGCCAAGAUCCUUCCACACGUUUCAAUGUUUGGCGGCUUCAAAAUAUAAUAUUAUAUGCGUAACACAUUGUAAAUAGCAUAUAUCAUAUGUGUGCCAUGGUAUUUCUGGUUAUUCUAAUAAAUAGGUUGUUUAAGCUGAAUCCAAACCCUUUACCCUUUAAAAAUAAACAAACCCCUCAGCCUUUAGAAAUAAAAUGUG